AUGGUAACUUACAAUAUUUUGAAUUGGUUCCUGUUCCCCAACAACUCCUUUCUCAGCGUGAAAGUUGGGGAAGUGAACCUUGGCUCUGCAAAAAAUCACAGUAUUGCUAUUUAUGAAGAAAUGGCCUUAUGGAAUAACAAAUACUUCCAGCCACCACAUUCUGUCUGCAGCCAUAAAUGUUCACCUGGGUUCUGGAAGAUUCCUUUGAAGGGCAAAUCCAAAUGUUGUUUCCAGUGCAUUGAAUGUCCUACAGGAAAAAUAUCCAGUAUGCCAGAUAUGGAUUGUUGCGUGGAUUGCAAAAAGGACCACUAUCCAAACAAUGGAAGAAAUAAAUGCAUCCCAAAAAACAUCACCUUCCUUUCCUAUGUGGAACCUUUAGGAAUUGCUUUAGCUUUCACUGUGUUAUUUUUUUCAUUCUUAUCUGCGUUAAUAUUAGGAAACUUUAUCAGAUACAGAGAGACUCCCACAGUUAAAGCCAACAACCGGCAGCUCAGCUAUGUCCUCCUCUCUUCCCUCAUACUUUGCUUCCUCUGCUCUUUGCUCUUCAUUGGACGACCAAGUAAAACGACCUGCCUUCUUCGCCAGGUAGCCUUUGGGAUCAUUUUCUCUGCCUCUCUUGCUACAGUCUUGGCCAAAACCAUCACGGUGGUUCUGGCCUUCAAGGCCACAAAGCCAGGCAGUGGUGCACAGAAAUGGCUGAGACCUAGACUUUCAUACUUCUUUGUGCUGGUCUGUUCUCUCAUUCAGGCUGUGAUUUGUAUUGUGUGGUUGGGAACCUCCCCUCCAUUCCCAGAUGCGGAUUUCUACUCGGAGCCUGGACACAUCAUCCUGGAGUGCAAUGAGGGCUCAUCCAUUGCCUUCUAUUCCAUUCUGGGCUACAUGGGUGUCUUGGCUUUGGUGAGCUUCAUUGUGGCUUUCCUUGCCAGGAAGCUGCCUGAUGUGUUCAAUGAAGCCAAGUUCAUCACUUUCAGCAUGUUAGUUUUCUGCACUGUCUGGGUAUCCUUCAUCCCAGCCUACCUCAGCACCAAAGGGAAAUAUAUGGUGGCUGUGGAGAUCUUCUCUAUAUUGGCCUCCAGUGCUGGACUACUUGGCUGCAUCUUUUUCCCAAAAUGUUAUAUUAUUUUACUCUAUCCAGAUAAGAACCAGAAAUCACAUUUAACCAACAAACAUUUCCAGUGA